GAACUGAUACAAGGGUUUAGGGGCCGUAUUUGCCGCGAUAGGGCCAAUUGAACUGUCAUCGAUCGGAAGAGCAUGGCGAGGGCAUCACUAUUCGCUUGUAUGUGGUCAGCGAGCAGUUUAAUCAGUGGCUAACAAUAUUGUGCAGCAUAAUCAUUACAACGAGUCCUAAAAGCCAUUGGUAGAUGUUUCUCACUUACCUCCAGAGAACCAGCUCUCCUUCGCUUCUGUCCUUCUCCUCCUCCUCUUUUGUGGAUAUUUUAUUUCAAUAUUUGGUAAUUGAUGCAGUGAUGACAGCGAUAGAGAUGUUGAAAUCAGGUGUUUUUUGUUCUUUUUUUCGCAGCUCAACAACGCCAAGCCAAAUCCAUCCUUCCGAGGCACCAAAAGACGUCUCACGCUCAACAACUUCAUUAACGACGAGAGCAGCGGCAGCAGGACAGCAACAGCAGUCUGGAAUGAGGAUUGCUUGCUAGAUCAGCCCCAAUCUAUUCCUUCAUAGCCGAGGAUCCUGGCAUACAGCCUCCCGUCAGCGGACCCGAGUCGCCGGUAAGCACGCGAAACUGUCAUGGCAAAUCUUUCGGCCCUCGCGAGACGGUUACCACUUCGCCAGACCAGCAAUGGCUACUAUUCUGUGAGAUGCGUCCAAACCGCUGCUCAACAACCGAACUCAUCCUAUCCGCUUUAUCCCUCCGUUGCGCAAUUGCUCAAACAAAAUAAUAUCCCAUCAAACAAUGUGUCUAAGAUUACUGCUACGGGACCGAAUGGUCGAAUACUAAAAGGAGACGUGCUAUCCUACCUAGGUACAAUUGCAGCCAGCUACCCUGCCGACCUGGCCUCACAGCUUGCAAAGAACUCGCGACUAGACCUAAGCAAUAUCAAUAUAGCUGCUCCUCAGGCUCCAUCGCCAGCUGCUUCGACACUCCAGGAGGAGCAGAUACAGGUGGAGGAGGAGACUGCUGGGUCAAGAUCAGAAGAGGCAGCAGGGUCUGUGUUUGAAACCAAAAUUGCUGUCCCCGUGUCUUUCUCCAAACUCAUCUCUGUUCGACGACGGAUCCAGUCUUCUGUGGGAGUCGAGAUACCACUGGCGACUUUCGUUUCUCGUGCAGCUGAUAUCGCGAAUGAGAACCUACCAGUUAAGCCCAGCGAGAAGCAGCGGUCAUCAGCCCUCUUUGAUGAGAUCCUAGGCCACAGGCCCUGUGCUUCUACACAGAUGGCGUUCUCCCGAGGAGACUACCUCCCAGAGAUUGUUUCCCCCUCUGAGUUCUAUUCUAGCUCUGGAGAGAGCCAGCAAAGCCUGCGCAAAUCCACGGACGAUAUCAUUGACGUUCUGACCGGUCGGUCACCACCUUCAAAGAGAAAUGUGACCAGGACAGCUGAGGCAGAGGAGGACAGGAACACAAGUAUAUUUAGCCUGACGAUCCCUGAACACGAGGAGGCUCGUGCAAUGGCCUUUUUGGAGAAGAUGCAAGUUCUUCUAGAGGAAGAGCCAGCCCAGCUAUUGGCUCUUUAGAGAAGCACAGUUCUGCUCUUGUUCUUUUGUUUUCUUCCCAACUUUGUAUACUUCUCAAUGUAUUAUCUAUUUACUUCUAGUUUUUUACUCGCUUUUAUGUCUAAAGAUACAGUUUACCAGGAACGGGGUGUUUUUUU